CAGAGAGGCUGUCUUUUGCUUGCCAGAGCACAGCACCUUUGAGCAGAACAUAAAGCCCCUGCGGCUGCUCACCCGGGCUAGGACCACUGGAGCCCAGCCGCCCUGCAGCCGGCAGCAUUCGCCAGGACUGGGGUCAUGGCCAGGACGGCUCUGGACCCAGUUCUCAGGACCACAUCCCUGUUCUCCUGACCGCCCUGUAUCCUCCGCAUCGCUGCUGGGGUUCACUCCAGUCGCGGCCAGGUCUACCGGUCUGUCCUAGAGAGCAGCUUGAGGCCACCGGUUUGGAUGGACGCGCUGAGGCUGCCCCGGCGUCCAGGGGUCCUGCUUCCGAAGUUGGUCCUGCUCUUUGUUUAUGCAGGGGAUUGCCUUGCUCAGUGUGGCAAAGAGUGCCGCUCUUACUGCUGCGACGGAAGUACACCCUACUGCUGCUCCUACUACGCCUACAUUGGGAACAUUCUCUCGGGCACAGCGAUUGCUGGCAUCGUGUUUGGAAUCGUGUUCAUCAUGGGGGUCAUUGCAGGAAUCGCCAUCUGCAUUUGCAUGUGCAUGAAGAACAACCGGGGGACCCGCGUGGGAGUCAUCAGGGCGGCGCACAUCAAUGCCAUCUCCUAUCCCAUGGCACCGCCCCCCUAUACUUAUGACCACGAGAUGGAAUAUCGCACAGACCUGCCACCACCAUACUCUGCAGCCCCACAAGCUUCAGCCCAGCGCUCUCCACCCCCUCCAUAUCCUGGAAAUCCAAGGAAAUAUUCCUCCUCCCAGAACAGAACAUGUGACAAUUAGCAAUUUUGCCCAGAACAAAAUGCCUCAACAUAGAAACAUGCAAAAAAAUGAUUGUCUACUGGCUAGGGUCAGAUAAUAUCUCAGGCAGAAUGUCCAUGUGAAGCAGGCUCUUUCCCUGCUCAGAGCUAGGUGGAGAAUUAUGCUUGGUUUUCUGAAGUCAUAGAUUAAGUGAUCUACAGAUCCACCCAGGCACAGUCAGAUUAAAGCGGUGCAAUUGGCAGGCUUCUAAUAAUCACGCUGCUUUAGUAUUAGAUGAAGACAAAGUCAGUAUUGAACCUUGUAUUAAGUGCCUUAGAGCCCACUCUGUGCCUCGGAACGUUAGGGGCCCUGGAUGGAAGUAGCCAGAGGGAACUUUGGUUCUGGUACAGGCAUACCUCAUCUUGUUGCACUUUGACCUUUUGCACUUUGCAGGUGUUGCAUUUUUUACAAAUGGAAGGUUUGUGGUAACCUUGUACCAAACAGUGUCAUUUUCCCAACACUAGGAGUAUACUUUUCCCAUCCUUGUAUCACAUGUUGGUCAUUCUCAACAAUAUUCCAAACAUUUUCAUCAUCGCUAUUAUUAUGUCUGUUAUGGUGAUCUAUGUUCAGCAAUAGUUGGUGUUGUUACAGUAGCCUUUUUGGAGGGAUGUCAUGAACUCUGCACAUAUAGAACAGUGAGAUUAGUAGAUUGGUAAAUGUUAUGUGUGCCAUAUCUGCUCCACUGAAAA